AUGCUCUCCAACAACAUCUUCACAAUACUAGCCAUCGUCGGCCUAUCAGCCGCCCAGAUCCAAGUCCCGCCCUCCAACGCCGCCGACUGCCCGCGAACCAUGUGUCUCGACGGCAUCAACCCAGAAUGCGGAAUCCGAUGGGGCGGCUGCUACGACAUGUGUCAGCCGCAGAUGAAGCCCACCAUGCCGCCUUGCAAAUCCACGCUGAGCAAGUCGACAAUCUCGAAGACAUUCAAGCCCUCCUUCACUAGGCCAACCCGGCCCAGCCUGCCGCCCACGCGCAGCCCGACAAUCACUCGGGCACCGCCCAGCUUGACUACUUUACCCACGACGGCGGUCGACAACUGCAGCACGCGUAGCGUGUGUGUUGAUUACAUUAACGAGUGCGGACAGUGGUAUGGCGGAUGCCACGCCGACUGCAAGCCCUGGCCGUCGUACUCCAAGCCUAUGUGCACACCCACGUCCAGCUUGAGUGUUGACCCGUCCACGUUACCAACCGAUUACUGA